AUGGCAGCGCGCGAUCCUGGACCAUAUUUAAACCAAGUACCUUUAGGAUUCCCAAGUUAUAACAGAAAUGUUUAUAGAGAUAUUUUAGCAAGACGAGCUUUUAUGGAAUCCGAAGUAAAUACUAGAGUUUAUAAAAACAUUUUCGAAAAUUUGGGAUUUAAAGGGCAUAUAAGAAUAAACAAUAAAGUAGGAAUUAACCGAAUACGUAUGAGGUGUAUACAAGGAGGGUAUUCACGAGGAAUUUAUAAAUUUACUAGAAUGGCAAAAAUGGCAUUUUUUCAAACAGCUAGAGAAGGGUGGUUAAAAAAAUAUGGUUAUAGACCUGACUUGUUCAGAUAA